UGUGGACCUCAAUUUUUCCUCCUUGCUUUUAUUUUAUUUUUUUAACCAAAUAGAUUUUAAAUUUUUUCGUGCUCUUGAUUUUGAUAUUCAUGUUUGCUUAAUAUGAAUGGGCUUAUGGAUUUGGGUUUCUCUGUCUCCUGUUCUUUGCAUCUGUUAGUUCUGUGGAUUCUGUUCAGUAUUUAAAUUUUUGGGUCAUCAUGAGCUGCUUCUUUUUUUUUUUUAUAUCUAUUUGCAUGUUUUGUAGAACUUCUUAUGGAUCAAUUUUUGUAACUUGUGCUGGAAUCUAGAUGAUACCGGAGACUUGAUCCAUUGCUUAUUGAUCUCUCUUUCUUUUUUAUUUUACAGAACAGAAUUUGUGAACCUCUGUUUUUCUUCACCAAAUAGAGCCUGUUGAUCUUUGUAUUUUCUGUUACAAAACAGAGUCUGUGAACCUUACAAUAUUUUGUCUCUCGGCCAAAAAAAAAGCAUCUUCUUUCCAUGAAACAGCCAUGUCAAAAGUCACAGAAACCAGUAACAUAUCUGCAGUGCCUCUGACCAACAACAAUUCUGUUUCAAUGGGAGAAUUGCAGAAUAUUCAGGCAGCAUAUAGGUUGGAUGGGAAAAAUUAUCAGAUGUGGUCUCGAUUGGUUCUUACCUUUCUGAAAGAAAGAGGGAAACUAAGUCACUUGCUCGGUACUGGUCUAGAUCCAAAGUAUCCUAAAUUUGGUCCUUGGGCUGCACAAGACUCUAUAGUGAUGUCCUGGUUAUGGAACUCUAUGUUACCAGAAAUCAGUGAUGCCUACAUGUUCCUUAGCACAGCGAAGGAAAUAUGGGAGGCUAUUAAACAGACCUAUUCAAAAGUUCAUACUGCUGCACAAAUUUAUGAGAUUAAGACCAAAAUCUCAGCCACCAAACAAGGAAGUCAAUCGGUGACAGAGUACUCCAAUUACUUGAAGAGUUUAUGGCAGGAGAUGGAUUAUUAUGAAUGGAUCCAGACGAAAUGUAGUGAAGAUGCUGCUAUUCUUGAAAGGUAUAUUGAAAAAGAUCGGAUUUAUGACUUUCUUGCAAGAUUGAACAUCAAGUUUGAUGCAAUAAGAGUAGAAGUGCUUGGAAAAGAAGAAUUGCCAUCUUUGAAUGAGGUAAUUGCAAUUGUUCUUGCAGAGGAAGUAAGAAGGGAAGUUAAUGCUGCUAUGAAGAAUUAUAGCUUUGAGCAGCGUGUUAGUAAGAGCAGUGGGCAAACAGACCUGUCAAAGCCAUUUAACAAGGAUUCCUUGUGGUGCACAUGGUGCAAAAAGCCUAGGCAUACUAAAGAGAAGUGCUGGAAGCUUCAUGGCAAACCUCAGUCCAUGACUAAAACAUGCUCAAAGCAGGGUGGAAGGUCAAAGGGACAGAGACAGGUCCAUGUGGGAAACACACAUUCUAGGAAUGAGGAUCCUCCACAUGUUGAUCUCAAUAAUGUAGAGACUAAGAAGUUAAAAGGAAGACCUGUUCCACAGGCUGCUGCUCGCUCUGCACCAGCAUGUAGCCCAACACCCCAGCCAGAUACUAUUCCUUUUAAACAUCUUGCAGUUAACCAAGCUGCUCCUCGAGCCCCUGUUCAGAGUGGUGGUGGUGGUGGAUCAGUGCCUGGAACCAUACGGCAGGGUGUGGGUAGUGCUUCAGCAUACACAAUUCCAGAUGCUGUAUUGGGUCCUGAAAGACUUGCUCGUCAAGCUGCUGCUCGCCAUACACCAUGUCGCAGCCCAGCUCCCCAACCAGACACUGUUUUUUCAAAUCAUCUCUCAGUUAACCAAGCUGCUCCUCCAGCUCCAGUUCAGAGUGCUGGUGGUGAAUCAUUACUUGGAACCAUAGGCAUGGGUAGUGCUUCGGCACGGAGAACUCCAGAUGCUGUGUUGGGUCUUGGAAGACCUUUUCCUCUAGCUGCUGCUCGCCAUUUACCAGCAUGCAGCCCACCGUCCCGACCGGAUACAUUUUCUUUAAAUCAUCCCUCAGUUAACCAAGCUGUUCCUCCAGAUCCUGUUCAGAGUAGCAGUGGUGGUGGAUCAUUACUUGGAACCAUAGGUAAGGAAAGACCUGCUCCUCAAGCUGCUGCUGCUUGUCGUAGCCCACCACUCCAACCAGAUACUAUUUCUAUAAGUCAUCUCUCAGUUAACCAAGCUGCUCCUCCAGCUCCUGUUCAGAGUGGUGGUGGUGGAUCAUUGCUUGGAACCAUUGGUCAGUGUAUGGGUAGUGCUUCAGCACAAACAACUCCGGAUGUUGUGUUAGGUCCUGGAAGACCUACUUCUCAAGCUGCUGCUUGCCAUGCACCCUGUCACAGCCCACCAUCCCAGCCAGUUAACCAAGAUGCUCCUCCAACUCCUGUUCAGAGUGGUGGUAGUGGAUCAUUGCUUGAAACUAUUGGUCAGGGAAGACCUGCUCAAGCUGCUGCUUGCCAUGCACCAUGUCACAGCCCACCACCCCAACCAGAUAUUGUUUCUUCAAAUCAUCUCUCAGUUAACCAAGCUGUUCCUCCAGCUCCUGUUCAGAGUGGUGGUGGUGGAUCAUUGCUUGAAACCAUUGGUCAGGGAAGACCUGCUCCUCAGGCUGCUGCUUGCUCUGCACCAGCAUGCGACCCACCACCCCUACCAGAUGAUGUUUCUUUGAAUCAUUUUGCAGGUUUCAUUAACGAAGAUCCUCCUCCAGAUCCUGUUCAGAGCGGUGGUGGUGGAGGUAGAUCAUUUCUGAGAGCCAUAGGUCAAGGAGUGGUUACUGUUUUGGGGCACACAGCUAUUGGUGCUGUGUUGGGUCCUGGAGUGGCUAGUUUUGUGGUUCGCACAGCUUUUGAUGCUGUCGUAGCAAAUGUUAACAUUCAGCAGGAGGUGGAAGGGGAGGCGCCUGAACCAGCCAAUGGCAAGCAACAUUCGGCAGCUGCACCCACGUCCACUCAAGCCAAAGACAAGCAACAUUAGCCAAAGGAAUGUUGCCUAUUGAUGGAAAAGUGCUGAUUUGUUUGCAACAUGUGGCUUGUGCUGCAUUGGAUCUCUCAACCUCUAUGAGCUUUGCAUCUUGAGUUUUGUCGGCAGUAUUGUGACUGCCUUGUUUGUGGUUUGCUGGAGUUGUAAUUCAUGUUAUAGUUUCAAUGUGUGAAAGCAUGUGCUUGUUGGGAUUUGAUGCUAAGUUUGCAGGUUUUGAUUUUGUGCCUUAUUUCUUCCGGCUACUGAAUAUUUGUGAGACAUCAUUAAUGUAGGUUUGUGAGAUUCAACGGAGUGGGUUUGUGGAUGAAAUGGGUUUUAAGGAGAAGGGACAUAAGAAGAAGAAGAAGAAGAUCAAAGGAUUCUUCUGUGUUCAUAUAUAAACAAAAUUUCCAAAAAAAAUUUAAUUCUUCAUGUAAUUUAUUUUUGUGGAAUUUCGGUUUCCAUGUGUAGUUCCUAUUUGGAUUUGGUGUUUGGAGUAACAGUAAUUAAUUCAAACAGUUCUUCUUUGUGUUGGAG